AUGGCCCGCUAUAAGGAUAUUUUUGAUAGCAUUGUACAUGCAACAAGCAUUGAUUGCAAAAAUCGUCUUUUGGCUUUUACUAAAGUUCGAAACAUUAUUAUUCAAGAUGUUACUGCUGCCCGCACUGCCUCUAGACAAAUUAUUAAUCGUGUCCGUAACACAGCUCUUGAAAACUAUAAAAUAGGUCUCUGGAGUUUGGACUUAUUGCAAAUGUGCACACUGCACGGAGGUGAAAACUUUGCUCUGUCUUUAAAUAGUCAGGAUCAACUGAACGAGCUGCUUCAUUUUUUCUUAAUUCCUGAAAAAUCUAAAGCUGUUUCAACUCAAAUUCAGAUGAAAAUUAAUAGUCUUUUGAGGACCUGGGCCAUCGCUUACAAAGAUAGAUUUUCUACAAACAAUUUUGAGUACGUUUAUGGACGUCUCAAAAGAAUUAACAUGACUGCCAAUAUGGACAACUUGCUUUAUUCCCACUGGCUUCCAGACAAAGAUGUCUUUGGAAGCCCAAUUGAAGAUACUUUAUACAACCUUCAAGAAGUAUUUAUAGAAAUAAGCAAUGAAAAUAAACGACUUUAUGCUGAGUUGCAGUCCUUUUUCAAGAUGGCCUCAGAUGAGAAGAAUAAAGGACUAAAAAUGGACGGAGUCAUUCAGAAACGUUUCAAAGAGGCCCAGCAACGAACAGAUGAAAUCAAGCACAUGGUAGCGAAUUCGCAAGCGUUCUGGCACGAUUUAUUUGAGCAUCUGGCAGACAAGCCCUCCGAGUACAGGGAAGUGGGCUCAAAUGCUCAAAAGGUCUUUGAAAGCAUGGACAAGGCCAUAAAUGUCUGCGAACUCGCUCUACAACUUGAGGAAGAAACGCAACAAAAACUGAGCUCAAUGGCACUCAACAUGAAAAAUGCCUCAAACGAACAACGAAACGGAAUUGCGAAAGAAUCGUAUGCUCAGCCCUAUACCCCGUUGACACUGAGCGACGCAACACCAACUUUCGACCUUGAGAAUGGAUCCGAGCCUAUUCCACCUUGGCGUAACGGUCCAAGUGGAUUAACUUCAAAAGAGAAAAUAAUGCUAGCAGCUCAAACUCAGACGGAUGUGAAAGAAGAACCAAAGCCACAGUUGCAUCGGUUGCAGGCUAGAUCAAUAAAUGUACAAUGCAUCGACUGCAAAGUCAUGUUCUCAAAUUUGGACAAGCUUCUUUCCCACCCCUGUCCUCCACCAUCAUGGAAGAAGCCAGAAAUAAAGCAAUCAGUAAAAUCGAAUAUAAUUCCAUCUGAACAACCAGAACAACACAAACCGCCACCGCUCAAUGUACCUGAAGUGACAGAGCCUUCGAGGGAGAAUGCGGAAAAGUCGUUCGUCUGUGAAGUCUGCAAUUUAGAAUUUGAAGAAAUAGAUAGUCUUGAAUCGCAUCGUCUUACUCCAAGGCACUUAUUUUCAGUUAGACGUAGUACAGCAGGAAGCGUAAAUCUUCUGAAUGAUAUUCAAGCUGACACAAAGAAACCUUCAAUGAAGCCACACACCGUACAGCCGGAAAUGCCGAAUUAUUUACCAAGAAAACCUUUCAGUGAAAAUAACUUGAAUUUUAGGAAAAAGGAAUUGCCGGAGAAUUUUGAAAUGCCACUUGUGGAAACAUGCCGUAAUGAGGUGAAAGAGGAGGUACCAAACAGCGAUUUCGAUUCGAUUGUCGCCAGUCGCUCUCAAGAAUGUCCUGUUGUACCCGAAAAGAUGGGAACAUGGAAACUCUCAAGUCUUAAAGAAACUAACCAAAUCGAAAAUUAUGAUCAACGUCAAAGUUCUCAAGAGGACAAGAAAUAUGUUGUUAGCAAUGACAGCAUGUUCAAUGAUUCCAUGGAGAACUCUGGAGGUACUCCUUAUAUGGAAGUAAUUCAACCACUUCCUGAACUGCCACUCAGAAGUUCUUUACCGGAUGGUAUAUCUGAGAAAAUGGCUGAGAAGGAAGUGAUUAAGGAGAGACCACCAUCAUCAAUCAUGGAAACAGGAGACAAUAUCAGUAAAUACCCUCAGAUGCCAAAAUUGCCCCAGUUUUCACAAGUCGAACCAAUCGUAAAAGAUGGGAAAUAUGUUGCAGUCUUUGUUCCAGCCUCACAAUUGGUGGAACCUGAGACCAUUGCAGGCCCAAUCUUUACUCGAAGCGUAUCUGUAAGUGAUUAA